GAAUUCUAAGUAUUCUAGCUAUUCUUCGAAUUCUUGUAAUUCCCAUCAUUCUCCGAAUCCCAAGGAUUCCCCGAAUACCAGGAAUUCCGGGAAUUCCAGGAAUUUAUACCACCUUAACUCUAAAAUUAGAAUUACAAGAUAAAAAUAGAAUUUAG